AUGGAUACAAUAUUAAAAGAUGUAUAUGAUGUUUUAUCUAAUAAAACUGAAAAUGAAUUAUCAUCACAAGAUAAAAUUAUUAAAUAUCAAAAUACAUAUAGAUUAGAAUCGAAAAAUGCAUUUAAUGAAAACAAAGCUACAACCAUAAUAAAAAGGGAAACCGAGAAGUACCUAAAUAAUGAAACUAGGUAUGACCCCGAGGAAGCAACAAGAAUUGCUGCAGCUAUGUCACUUGGAAUUAAAGAUGGUAUUCAUGAAAUGAAUUUUGAAAGAUACAAAAUUGUGUGUAUAGUUGAAAUUGGAGAAAAAAAAGGUCAAGGAGCAAUGUCUAUAGCUAGAUUCUUACGUGACUCCAAUAAAGAUAAAUAUGUUUAUAGUAAUUUUGAAAAUCAUCAUUUGUUUGCAACUAUUAUGUUAGGAGCAUUUUAUUAUGAAUAAAACAAAUGCAAUACUAGUUCAAAA